CUAGCUUCAGCCAAGGUCACUCACGAGUCCUUGCAGUCGUCGUUGUAGUUGGGCAUCAUGGUAGUAGGAUUCGAAGAGUUGUGAGAUGGGCCGCCACGUGUCCCCGAGCGUGCUGGUGAUGAUGGGUCGUGUGGCGCUGCUCAUGACCCUGAUGGUGGUGAUGACGAUGGGGAUGGUGGUGGUGGACGCGAAGCCGAGCCGGGGCCCGCACUUCAACACCGCCAUUCGGGAAUACACCAAUGAGAGGACGUGCUGGACGGACGAAAUAUGCAAGACGGAGUUCCAGGCCGAAUUCCGUUGCAAGUGCCCGCGCUGGUACUGGUGUCGUGGUCCCGGCCGCUAUUACCACGCCUAUUGCUCCAUGUCCGCUCUCGGCUACAUCUGGGUGCAGCCUGGGGGACUCAGACCCGAAGACGUGAUGAACAACUGAACGGAUGACAAGCGAGAUGCGUGUGGGGACGGAGUUUUUGUGUGAGCUGUUGGACUGAUGAACAACGAGGGGCGGUUUCUAUUUGGAGGGCUCAGAGAACAAAUGAACAUAUGAACAACGAGAUCUGGGGAUGUUUUUAUUUUUUGUUUGUUUGUUUGUCCUACAACGAAAUGUAUGUGAGUGACUAUUUCUAUUUGACGUGAUGAACAACGCGACGUAACAGGUUAACAACGAGAUGCGUGCCAGGACGAUUUUUGUUCUGUGAUAUGAAAAGCUGAACAGAUGAACAACAGGAUGCGUGGGAGAAUACGAUGGUUGUUUGACGUAGUGAAUAACUGAGCUGAUGAACAAAUGAGUGCGUGAGGACGAUUUUAGUUCUACGAGAUGAAAAAAAUUAACAAACGAACAAUUUUAUAUGAGUUGAUGAGCAAUUGAAAUGACGAAUAACGAAGUGCGCGUGAAGAUUUUCAUUUCGAAUUUUUAGUCGACGUAGAGAACAGUGUCAUGGAUGAACAGUGAUAUGAUUAUAUUAUGAUUAGUGGAGUAGAUAUUUUUGUUAAGAAGCGGGAAGGAGAAUGGCGGAAAGAAGAAUGAUGGAUUCGUAUUUUCAUGUUUUUUUCCUUGUGUUUUAAAAGGCAAAAAGUGAGGUGACUGGUAUCUUUCCCGGCGACGUGUGUUCGAGCACUGUCUAAAAAAAAAAAAUGGUUGUUGGGGAAGAAAAAAGCGAUAGUUAAUGAAAUGCGACCGGUGUUUAGUUCUUAGCAAGAUUUUUUGUGUGUGAAUGGUCAUCUGAGGGAAAUAUAUCCUUGAUAUAAAAACAAAAA